CACCAACGCUUUUCGCAAUUUCGGGACACAUUCGUUUUCGCAAUUUCCCUCCAACUUUUCAAAGCAUAACGGCAUCGUAACGAGCAUUUCGAUUAAUCCUUCUAACUCGCGCAACGUUUUGUAAACCCAUCUUCGACAGCUCUGCAUGAUGACCGUACAUACUGACCAGGAAUAGCAUUAUAACGAGCGUAUUCGCACACUUAGAUGAUUCCACACCAUGCUGUUCCCACACAUUCUACUACCCCUAACUCUCCUCUCCCUCGCAAGAGCCACCGAGGAGGACACGGUCCCGCAGCCCAUCACCAAACGCCCAGACCGAGGCCCCGAGUACGACACCGUAUGGAUCAAAAACAGCUGCGACUACGACGUCUACGCGCAAUUCGUCGGCGCCUGGCCGCGAAACGCCAACCGCAACAACGAGCCCUUCAAAAUCCCCGCCGGCGGCACCUACCACGAGGCCUACCGCGAAGUGUGUCCCAAGCCCAAGGAACACGCCCACAUGGCGCCGCCGCCCGACUGUCCAGAGCUGGGGAAAAUGGAGGGCGAAUCCAUUUCCAUCAAGAUCUCGAGGACGGAGCAAGGACGGGGGCCCGAGAAUAUCUUGCAGCUCGAGUACUCGCUGAUUCAGAACCCGGAGCGCGGGGAUGGUUUUCCUAGAUUGGAUUACGAUGUUUUGCUUUUGAAUUGUAAUCAGACGGAGGAUAUCACGGAGGAGAUGGUGGCGCAGGAUGAGGGGUUGAAUCGGGUCAAGAUUGAGGGGUGUCCUGGGUAUCAGAAGGGUCUUGCGUUGUGGUUCGAUGACCAUGAAUUGUGUAGGCCGAUUUAUUGCGAUGGCGAGACGUACUGCGAUGGCAUCUAUAAUUACCAGCGUACGGGCGAGGGUGAGGAUUCGUUCGCUUGUCACGACGAGUACUUUGGGGACAUGUAUUUUGAGAUGUGUGUGGGGAAUGGUGAUGGCACUGCGCUGGAGAAAUAUCGCGAGUGGGUUUCUACGGCAACUUCAGUGUCGAGUCUGCCUGAAGCUACGGCUACGAGCAAGGACUCGAAACCCUGGACCGACCAGAAUCCCACGCAUACCUCCACAGCCGACGACGGUGAAAAUACACGAGGCCCCAAUCGCUCACCAACCGGGUCGAAACCCUACACCGUCGACGAGGCCACCACAAGCACAACCACGCUCCGUAGCACCCUCACACUCUCUUACCCUCGCCUCACCUCUCCAACACCAACAGGACUGCCUUCGAAGACGUACCCUGUGUCCUGCACAUACGACUCCUCCGCCUCGUCAGAAGUCUGCUGGAGUCAAUUACCCCCCAAGACGGCGAAUACAGUCACUGUCACUGUGACGAAGACGAUGACUAGUGUUACGACGAAGGUGAGCACGAAGACGGUGUUGUUCACUACCUGUCCGCCCGGACCACCUGGGAUGUCCAUGUCCAUGUCCAAGUUAGGGAGUUACAGUAUGCGGUCAGGAUCGUAUUCCUUGUCAAUGGGGACGGCGGCAACUGGGGAUAAGAGGGGAAUUGAGGGUGCGGGUGUGAUGGCUACGGCGACGGUGACGGUGACGGCGCGUUGAGUUGGGGCAUAUUUGAU